AUGAUGAUUAUGCUUAGAGCACUCCUGAAACAAAGCGUUCACUGUUCUGCCGACCACGACCUAUCCGAAUGCGUACCAGCAUGCGUACGAGACCCUCUGUGUAUAAGCGAAAGCUUCAAACACAGGGAAUGCUUUGUUAAUUGAUUUAGAGGAUACCCUCAUUUGUAUUAUAAAUCAUCGCCCAAUUUUAAAGAUUCUUUAAUAAAAGAGAAUUCAUGGGAAAAAAUAGCAAAAAUCAUGCUAAUGAGUCAAAAUCGAUGGAUCAGAUUAAGAGAAAGAUUUUCUAAAGAAAGAAGAGAGAUUAAAGCACAAUCAAGAAGUGGAAGUGGAGCAUCUAAUCGGCAAUCUUUUAUUUUCUAUGAA